UUAAAUCUAGAUCUAUAAAACCACUCUGCCACUCAGAGGACCCCUGCAUAGUAUUUGGUAGCCGUCCAAACCUCGGAUGAUGGAAAUUCAGUGUUUACCAAAUUCAGUGGAUCCGCUACAUCGUCCGUGUGUACGUGCUCCAUUUGCUGUUGAAUCCGCUGCCCUUUGGCUCAAGCUCAGCUGCUUUGGCCGGCUCGGCUCAAGCUCAGCUGAUGCAAGUCUGCGCACGAUUGAGGCCGUGCACGGUGGGUAGUGAAAACAGUGACGUCACCAUCCCACAGAUCGAAGAGAAGGCACAAGCCGAUGUGGUCUUCGGUCCUGAUGUGGUCCAAGAGGCUGUGAUUGAAGGAGUUCUGGAGCCACAACUGCAGAGAUUCUUGCUGGAACCAGGUUUUAGUGCCAUCGUGCUGGCCUAUGGGCAAACUGGAAGUGGAAAGACUCAUACGAUCUUUGGUCCUCCGGGUGUUUUGACAGAGCACGAGUACAACGCCAGUGGCGGUCGUCCGCUCUCAUGGGGGUUCUUCCCUUAUGCUGCGAUCACGAUGCUGCAAAGUCUGCAUCAUCGCGGUCUGUCGAAGCGUGCUCAGCUGAAAGUCACAGCGGUUGAGAUCUAUUUGGAGAAGAUGUUUGAUCUGCUGAACAAUCGUCAGAGCGUUCCGGUGCCCGGUGCUUCUGUGCGAGCAUCCAGUAGUCGCCCGGACAACGAGACGAUCACCUAUGACUCCAAUGGCAAGUGGCAGCCGCCUCAAAAGUGGCUGGGGACGAAGGUUUUACCAGGCUCAUCCACUGGCACAGCCAAAGAGGUGCCUUGGUCCAGUCGAAACGGGUUGAGGCCUCGGCAGGGUUGGUGGUUGGAGUCCAAAUCAGAGUCCAAACGCAGUUGAAGGAGUCAAGGAUAAACAGCCGUUGCCAUCCCCGGUUCCCCCCACUGGCUGAUCACUCGGGCAUCGGUUCUCCCUUGGUGCAGUUUCGCGCAGGUUUCGGUCUUCACAUGUCACCAUGUAUUCACUCGUCAUGGUAUCUUCCACCCCAAAAGGUUUAUAUACAGCAAGUGUUUUUUUCAUGUCAAAGAUCAGGUCCUCAUCAUUCCUCUUUAGAUCGCUUUCGAUGGGUCUUUGAAACCCGCAUUAAUCAAGGACACCCCUCAAGAGAGAGAGAGAGAGAGAGAGAGACAGAGAGAGCGAGAGCGACGGGUCUUCUCAGGGACGCCAGCGCUGGAGAUGAGAGUUGAAGGCAGCUUUGCGUGUCAAAGUAUUCAGUCAGUCCUAUGAGAGCAUGUAACUGCUCAUUAAAGGUUAAUGUCAUUGAUAUUGAUGUCCGUUUUGUUUUGACCUCCCAUUUGAUCGCCUUCAUCCCCUACGGUUGGCCCAGUCAGGAGGCUCUCUGGUGAUCCUGGCCGGCACUCAGGUGAUCCUGGCCACGCCACUGGACGUGGUACAAGUGGCGAGACAGGUGGAGAAUACGCGCUCGGCCUCGGCGCAUGCGCUGAACACCCGCAGCAGCCGCUCCCACUGUUUGAUGACCCUUUCGCUCCGGCAGAUUGAUGCCAAGGGGCAGUUGCAUGCGGGACAGGUG